CAACACUCAGCAACCCACCAACACUAUCUGCCAGAGAUAUGGCGCCACCCUGACUAUUCUCUGCCAUUUUUCACUCUACGUAUCAUUUACAUGAAGGAAGAAGAAAGAAGGAUGGAGAACGAAGAAUCGUCAAGCAGGCCGUCUAUAGGGUUUCCUCUUGGUUUAGCCCUGCUUUUGAUCUUGUUAUUAUGCAUAAGCGGGUUUCUCAUUUGUUACCUCAAAUGGCACAAGCUUCGGGCCCUCAUCCUCCGAUCCUCCGAGGAUGACAACGACGAUAUUCAAUCAGAUAUCAAUCACUCACCGGCCGUUCAAGCUGCAUCUCCUGUCCUGAAACCAAAGCCAAGUACUGGAGGGCAGACCCUGGCGGUUUUGAUGCCAGGGGAUCAGGUACCAAGGUUCAUAGCAAUGGCUAGUCCAUGUGCGCCAGCGAUGAUGGAAAAGAUUACGAUAACAGUACAGAAGCCUCCAGCUCUUCCAGUGCCGUUUUAUUACUCGUAAAUAAACUUGUAUGUUGCUACUUGCCAUUGAACCAUGCAUCCCCUGUUCCUAUCGAAAAUUUUUAUGCAGAUUGUAUAUUCUAUUUAUUAGAAAUAGACAGAAUUACCUUGGUAUA